UGCCAAAAAAACCAACAACCAGUACCUGUCAGGAAAUCUGAAUAAGUGUCUUUUGUUUGCAAGGUAUUCUAUGCCAUGUAAUUAAAAAUGAAUUAUUAUUUAGGAUUAUGUUGUGUUUAGUGGAGUUUUUUAAGCGUUGCUAUAUGGAAAAUGCCAUUGCAAGAUUAGAGUCACCCAGGGCUUGAGAAAUGAGGUUGAACCAGACAGCGUUUUCAUUGAUAGCAGAAGUAAAUUGUGGUUUUCAUUUCAGAACCCAAAACAAAAUUUGCUGUAAGUGUUUUCUGGAUGAAGGUUUUCACUAUUGCUUUGGUCACCAGCUCGGAAACAAAAAGGUGUGGGUGACAUACUAAACCUGUCCCUUCAAGUGCCAUUGUCCUAAUGAGUCAUUUUCCUCUGUUGAGCCAAUGGGGCACUGGGUUUGUUGCUUAUGCAUUGAUAACUGGAUAAAUAUUUGGAAAAGGUUUCUUCUAAGAGUUGGGUUUUUUUCAUGCAUCCCUCUGCAGGCUGGAGAUGUUUCUCUAAUUCCUCUCUCCAUCUGAAGACUUAUUUAUAUUUCAUUUUAUGUUUCUUUUAUGUUUUCUUGUCAGCUGUACACUUCAUUCUGAUGGAUGCUUUUGAGACUGAGAAUCUUGGAGUCGUGAUGAAGUGCAGAUAAAAGAAAAACUACAAGAAACAUUUUCCCCUUUCAUAAGCCCUAUCAGUCUUUUGAACGAUGCACAUUUAUUAACAAAAUGCAAAAUCCGAUAGCAGGGUAAUGGGAUCCUUUUCAAUAACUGUGUUUUUUUAAUUUGCUUUUCAGUCUUUAUGUGAGAGAGGAAAAGAUCAGCAUGUGUAGCUUCAUUUACCUUGUAGUAGUUAGCUGAGUUUAUCACAUAAAGUAAAUGCGUGAUGGGAGACCUGCUCAAGUGUUUUUGAAAUCUUAGUUCAAGCUUUGUUUUUUAUUGAACACCUCUUUCUCUGUUUCCCAGCUUUGUUAAUGCUGCAAACUUUAGGCACAAACUAAAGGUUAGAAGGAGCAAAAGUCUCGUCAGAAAAGAGUGACAGUGUAUUGGUGGCAGAUGACAAAAUGACAUCUGGGAGUGUUGGCUACAUGUAAAAAUAGCAGUCUGUGGGAGGGGACAGAGGAAUUGAAAUGACAGAACAGACGAAAAACAAAGCUUUAGCAGCUGAAGCAACAAAUUAUUUACAGCAAUCCUUUGCUGAUAAUGAGCACUGCAUUUUCCUUUGACAUGUUUAAAUUACUAAUUAGGGUGCUGCCCAUCCGCUGCUAACUCAUGUAGCGCUCUACUUCUCUGAGGCACAUUUAAAGAAUUUACUCAACCUGGCUUUUAGCACUUUCUCACUACUGUUUCAGACAUGCUUCUGCAAUCUGAUUUUUGUUUUUAUUUUUAACUUGAAUCCACAGUUCUUGAAAACACCUACCUACCUCUGCAGUGGAGUGCCCAUUUAGUAUCUCUAAUAUGUUCUGAGAAGACAAUGCAAGUUUGAACACUUCUCUGUGAUUCUCUGUGAUCUAUUAAGAAAUGUUAGUAGCUACAUCUGAAGCAUGCAGCAAGUAUCUUUCUGCUGUUUGCUUUUUCUCUUUGCCAACUGAACUGCAUCUUGAGGAAACCACAGAAGUGGUGAGAGUUGGAGUUGGCUCAGCUUACAGGUACUGAUGGAAGAUACGUAACAGCUGCUGAUAGGAGCUUUAAAAAAGGAAACAAAAAAAAUAAGAAGAGCAGCUGAUUAUAAUGAUAGUUUUGUUGUAUAUGAACCUGCUUUUCUUAGUCCUCUUUUAAGAAUCUCCAAGAAGCGACUGGUAAAUCCCAGAAACACUGUUUGAAAAGUAAAGCCAAGAAAGCAAUGCUUGGCUUAACUUCUCUUGUCUGGGCUUAGGUCGUCAGGCACAAUAGGCAGGAAGGCACUUUUAAGAAAGGCAAGUGGCAAAGUGGUAUUAAUAGGCUGUUCCUCUUGCAUUUCUUUUUGAGUGAUUGGUCUGAUGCAAUUUGAUGUAAAGGAGGAUGGCUUUUUCUGUGUGUGCCUGUUACACCAUACGUAAUAUGCUUCAGCAUUUUUGGGGCAGCUUUAAACUGUGUUUUAGUUGGGGAUACUCUGGUGAUGACAUGCUGAGCAUGCUGCUUGCUCUGGUGAUAGGUGAUCACGCACUUACAUUUCCCAUAUGAGCUGUUCAAAACCUCUGUGAAGACUUUGUAAAGCUCACUCAAGACACUGGGCAGAGUCAACUGUGAAGAUGUUUAUGGUUUCCACAGACUGACAGCAACAAUUAACCAUUAGCAACAAAAUGUCAAGUUGUACUUAUUGAACUUUCUGGCUUGAACAGUGAAAGACACAGUUACAGAACGUCUUUUUUUGGAGUGCUAUGGUAACUAAAACAAUAAAAUUUUAUUGGUAGACCUUGCACUUUUUCCCCUUUGGAACUGGCAGGGAAGCACCUGCUUCAAAAGUAUAUGAAGAUGUAGGUGGCUUGCUCUCCUCAACGAGACAUUAGAAUACAAGAUUUCCUUUGUGUAAGAGAUCCUGUGACGCACUUUGAGUCUAAAGCUAAUUCUUCUCGUUCUUCUCUUUGUGCCCUUUUAUUUUAAAUACUAGUUCAAGUUAUUCUGUAUGUAAACAGCAUGUUGGCAACUGGCAGCUGUGAUAUACUUGCUGCCUUCUAUUUAAAUGAUACUGAUGAUCCUGUGAUCAUACUCCUGUGUUUCAUGUCUUUCAGGCAUUCUAAGCAUUCUUCUAUAGAAACCAGAGGGGUCAAAAAGAUGGAAAUUGGAGUGCUACAAAGGUUAGAAAGAAAAAUUAGGUGUGUGGGUAGUUCAACAUAAGGAAAUAAGAGGAUAAAUGUAUUUGCAUCUCCUGCAGUGCUAAUAAAUAAGAAUGUUAAUGAUGCUUUGAGUAGCUUGACAAUGAUAGAUUUCUUGGAGAAGCAGAUUGAGGGGUACAGCUGUUUCCUUUAAAACACACAGGAUGUGCAGAUUGUAUUGCCAUAAAUCCUAGAAGGAGGAAGACCAUGUUGUACUGAGCAACAUCUGAGUCUUGAAUAUCCUGCAUUAGAAUUGCAGUAUUUACCUCAGUGUUGAGUUGCAAUCUGCAGUUUUUCUAUUUCAGACUUGUUUAAUUUCAGACAUAAAAUGAAUUCUCCUUGACAAUUUCAUUGUGUGUGGGCAGCUAUUUUCAGAAUUAACUUCAUUAGAUAAGGAGUUUUUAUAGUAUCUGGUAAUAGAAAAAGCAUUAUUUAAAGUGUCAUUUGAACCUGUUUGCUCCCCUGGAGAGAGCAUUUGUCUGGGCUCUGCAGCUUGCUAAGAGUAGGUAAACACAGUGGUGCAAGAGCUUGUUUUUUGGAACCAUCCCCUCUGUGUUGUAUCGUGAAUCUGGGUCCAUGUGCUCCAGCCUCCACUCACACAGGGUUCCCCAGAGCACAUUAUCCAGGCCCACUUCCUGGCAGCCUUAGAAGAGCUCUGGGGAAGGAGAGCACAACCUCGGGGCCAGUACUCCAUCACACAUGCAGCACAGAAGAAGAGGAAAGUGCAUUUUUAGAAAUUACUGUUUUUACAGGAGAAGAUGGCUGGAGCUUUAAUUUCUUCAGCAAACUGUUACUGGCUUGUUUUCAGUGUUUUCAUAAAAUGUGCCUAAAAACAAGCGUGGUGUAGUGCGUUUUCUUGAGUGCUGUCCCUCAGGAUUUCCACAGGAUCCCCCACAUCUCUUUUUAAGGUGCCCUCAUGACAUCGGGCUGCAGCAGAGCUGUGCCAAGUGAUGGCUGCAAGGCGUGGGGCUGAGGCCAGCCUGCAUCGUUGGGCACACCACAGGGCAGGCCUGGAGUCAUAGCUGUUUGUCCGUCAUGUUGCAGAGACCCCACUGUUCCCCACAGUGUAUGGCAGCUCUUGAUGUGCCCACAGACCUGUGGAUGGGGUUGUGAUGUUUUCACACAGGCCAGGUCUGCCCUCCAGCUACAGCAGUUGUGUCUGCACUAGCAGCACUGCCAGCCUUACUGCCAGAUUGCUGCUAACUGAAUGUGGAUAUUACAGCAGGAAUUGUGAAACCUUUUUUGCAGAAUGUACACUGGUUUUGGCCUUGAACUGAAGCAGCACAAGGCCAGCAGCACUAGUGGAGCUGGAAACUCUAACUGGUGAAUUGGACUGCCUCAAGGCAAGAAGAGCAAGAAGAGCACGUUAGUUGAAGUGCAGGUUGCUGUUCCCUGCUCUGAGCUUCUGGCAGUUUGGGGUAGGAGUUAAUGCAGAUUGCUCUUCCCAGACUCCACAGAAAGGGGUCUUGGGGGUCUGCCAUAAGGUACUAAAUGGGGCAAAGUUUGCUAAACAGCAAGUGAAAAAACCUCUAAGUCCCUGAGACUAAAGCUGUCAGGAACAUGGUUAUUUGCAGCAAUUUUGAAGAUCCAGCAUUAGGCUGGAUGUCAGUGCAUGUCAGUGCAGAGCAGGUGGAAGGAUGCACUUAGCAGUUCUGUUUUGACAGUGCUACCAGCGUGAAGGCACCAGGCAUGCGUGCCCCAUAGAGUGGUCAGAGCACUGCAGCAGAAGGAUGGGCUGCAUUUCAUCCCCCGUGCCUAAAUGGUCCUGAAUAGGACCCCACGUCAACCUUCGUUCCCACUAAUGGCAUGGCUUCCCUUACUGCCAAAUCUCCUUAUUGCUUUGAUCUGCCUCAGGUGUUGGCAAGGCAUUCUCACCAGUUGUAUUUUGCUCUCUAAAACAGCAGAAUAAAUCACUUUGGAUCCAUGUUGCUCCUUUUGGAUUAUGGUAAGAUUUUAAAUGAGAGUCAGUACUGCACUCCUAUUAAUUUUACCAACACUGAGGAAUGUGAUCUUUCUCUUUGAAAUGAAAAUCCUGCUUGAUAUAAUACAUUAAACAUGAAUUCUAUCACAGUUUAACAGGAGAGUUCCUCCUGUCCUGCCCAGAGUGUUCAGAGUUCAUUAGCAGUGAUUAUCAACAAGGCUCUCUGGGAGAAAACAAAGCAGGAAUGAUGGGAACGGCAGAAAGGUGUGUAUUGUGAGGCAGAGCUUUGAGGAGAACAACUUCACCUCCCAAACUGAUCAUUUGUUUUUUUCCCAAUAUUAAGGCGGUUGGCCUACACACAAUUUGUUUAAACCAUUUUCUACACUUUAAACAAAAGGCUAAUAGCAGGUCACUGAUUAAGGUCAAAUGAAAACAGAGUGAAAUCAAGACCAGGUUCAAAAACUCCUUUUUGCACUGUCCUGUUAGUGCUGUGUGUGCAGAAGUAAUACGUCCAUCCUGACAGUGAUGCAAGAAAUCUACUACUAUUUUCUAACUAAGAGAAAGGCUAGAUUAUUUAUUCAUUAUUUUUCAAAAUGUAGCUGGAGAUCAAAGGCUCAUGUUGUGAAACAAAGUGAUGAAUGUACAGUCUUUUUAGGGGAAAAAAAUAAAUAAAUAAAAAAAGUAAAGGUCUUGUUACAUACAAGAUAGAGCUUUCAGGUUAUUUAAAAUCAUAUUUUUAAGAUGUAGUUGAGAUUUAAAAGAAUGUUCCUUUGGACUUUUGCAGAGAAAUGCAUUAAAUUUGGAGAAGACAUUUCUUCAUGUGCAGACACCCCCGCUCAGUGCUGACUGCAGUGAUUCCUGAGCUUUGAGUCAUGUGUGAAAUGGAGGGGAAAACAUCACGUUUCUCUUUUCAGCUCCCCUCUUUCACUUUUGUGCUCAUGUAGCCUUUUUCCCAUGGUGCCAGUGCUGGGAUUCUGUGCCUGCUAUCAGUGACCAUGUACUUAGAUUCAUCUGUCCAUAGUAAGAGAAAGAGCAGUAUCAGUGUUCAGUAACACAGACAACAAUAUGAGUUUUGUUUCCUAAAAUGAUCAGCCAUGAAAUACAAGAAAGUGUGAAGAUCUCUUAUUUUAAUUCCGCUGUGGCUGCCUGUAUGUUAUAUCUGAUAUGACAGAUUUAUUUACUGAUAUCCAGAACCAACACAAUAGCCCCUUCUGCUCAGCCUGCUGAAAGCUAUGAUCUGUUUGCUCCCUGCACUGUUUGUGCUGAGAACGGAAACUAUGUAAGUACUAAAUUAAAAAUGUAGCCAGACAAAGAGAUGCUUGAUAAUCUUAUUAAGAAAUCUCUUCCCCAGCUAUUUGAACAAUUUCCAUAAUAUCAGCACACGAUGCUUUGAAGUUAUAUGAAAAACCCCAUUUGCAAACAAUGUCCAAGCUAUAGGAAUAGGUGGCAGUCUGGCACCUCCAGCCGUGCUGCCACAGUUCCCAUCCUCACAGCCUUGUGUGCUGCUGGGAGAGGUCCCCUGUGGAUGUGUGCCAGGCAGGGCAGCCCACUCACUUGCAGUCACCUUAAUGCCUCUUCCACACCUUGUCACCUAGAUGUGACAAGAGGUUGUGGAUGCUCUGAUCCUGGAGAUGUUGAAGGGCAGGUUGGAUGGUGUCCUGGGCAACCUAGUUGAGUACCAAAUGUGGAGAUGUGUGGCCCUGCCUGUGGCAGGGGGGUUGGAGCUUGAGUUGGAACUCCUUGGGGUCCCAUCCAACCUAAGCUAUUCUAUGAGUGUUUUAUGGUUACCACUCCUCUUUUGUUAUGUUCUGGAAGAUGCUGUGCUGUGUAUGAAGGGUUUCUGCUCGGCGACCUCCACUGGUACAGGGGAGGAGUAGGUAGUAAGAAAAAAAGAAUAAAAUGUUCAUCGUGCUAUUAUCAAGGUGUGGCAAAGCAAUCCCUGAAGGCCCAUCUGAUUGGAAAUGUCCUUUCUCUUCCUUUUUCACAAACAAACAGGAAAACAAUUGGAGCUGCCUGAGCUGGGCACCAAUGAGGCCUGUCAUCACUAGCCUGUGUAAAAAAUUGGAGAUCACAGGACUUUACAAACUUUCAAAUUUAUAUUUGCUGUAUACAGAAAUAUAAAUGUAAAAUUUGAUGUCAAGUAGAUGUUGGGGAAAAAAAAGCUGGAAUUUUGUGUAUACUAGAUUUUUGUGUGUUGCAGCAGAGCAAAUUAGUAAUAAUAUCAUUUACUAAUGUAACUACCUUUUUUAGCAGGAGUUAAACAGAUGUUAAUAAUGUGGUUUUGAAAAUCCCAUGGACUGACUUUGUGCUUUCAUUGCUUAGUAAAAUUAACUACUUCUGAAGAAAUUGGCCCUGAGAUUCUGAGUAGGAAUAUACUUCCCAUUACUAAAUUUCCCUUCAUAUUAGUCUUGAAAUGUUUACAGUUAAGUUCUUGGUUGAAUAAUGUUGACUUUUCUGAAUGAAAACAUGAAGGAGAAAGAAUUUUUCAGUUUGUUGACAUCAUAGAAGAAGACUUCUUUGAGGAAGAUGACCUUUCUGAACCUUCAGAUAUUUAUAAGGGGAUCUGCCUGAGGCAAAGUAAAAGAGAAAUCUGAAUACUUGACAGUACACAGUCUAACAUUCACUGACCGAGCUGAAGAAGAGGCAUACAAGAUGCUGCAGGCAGCAGGUGUGAGUAUCCAAACUGACCAACAUGUGGAAAUUACAUUUAAGUCCAAUCCAUAUGAGCAGCUAAAAAAGAGCUGAAUUCCUCUGUUCUGGAUGUGCUGGACUGUUUCAGCCACAUGUGCUCUGUAUUUAUAUAUGUCCAAGUAUGUGUGCACAGAUCUCCUUCCCGGGAGUGGAAAGAGAACAGCAGAGGAAGAUGGACAAGUUCUUUGAAAAGCGCCUGAACAACGCCCAGUGGGAUCGCUGGGUUUGAGGCCAGCAGUGGGAAUAGGAGCACCUCGUUUAAGCUCCCGUUGAAUUGUUCAUGAUGGAAAGCAUUCUCCUCUCUAUUGCCUCAGUGCAUGUAGGCUCCAUGGUGCUAAUUCCUGAGUUGCAGUGUUCUUGUUUGCUCAGUGUUUGCACAGCUUUGGCACCUGUUUUAUUGAGGACUGCUGAUAGGGGAUCUCCAGGAGGCACACAGAGGUGCAGAGGAAACAUUUAUUCCUGCUGCUUUGCUGCUCUUGUCCUUCAUGACUAAUUUGUUCUCUUUCUCUCACCUUUCUGCUGUAUUUCUGUAACUUAAAAAAUAAGGUCACCUAGGCUUUUAUUUUAAUAUCACUUAGUGCCCUUUCUGAAUGUUUUUUUUUUUCCCUUCAAUUUAUAGCUCACUCUCUGAAGAGAUUUACUGCGAGAUUGGCCACUAGUAGAUCAUAUUUGCUAAUUAAAAAAAAAUUGACAGAUCUUAUAAUUAGACUUUAAAAUGUUAGGUAUGCAUCCAAUGUUUUUCUUUCUUAAAUAAAAAUCUACCAAAACGCUACACAAAAAUGACAGCUCCUUUUCCAUAUUAGGGAAGUGGUAACAUUGACCCAUUUUUACCUUAAUGUUAAUUAAACUGUCAUAAGGAGUCUGUGAUGCUGUUGGCAGGUGCUCUGCAGGAUGCGGUCUCCUGUAGUAACUCUCAGUACAGUACCCCUGCAUGUCAUUAGUGUAGAUGUUGACUGGGUGAAACAAUAGCAGCUGGGACUUAGGAAUACUGGAGUUGCUGCUGGUUUUGUCGGGUUGGGUGUGUGGUGGAGAUGGGCGGCCUUCAGGUGACUGAUUUGCUCCUGGGAUGGGAAGUCUUGAAGUGGUUCAAGGCUAACUUUGCAUUACCUCUUAAUAUGUGAGCCAAUGACAGAGCAAAGUGGCUUUGCUGGGCUUUUGUGUCAAAUAACCCAGGGGACUAUACAGGAAUGUAGCUUCAGUAGCUCAGAACGUUCCAGUAAGUCACUCACAGUGAUGGAGUCACAUCUGCAAAUGUUUGCAGAAUCAAGCCCCCCCUUCGUCUGUGAUAAGGGUUUAGAAAUGUAGACACCAGUUGUGGAUUUUUAAAUAGAUUUAAUUGCAUCUUCUUAGGUUUCAUUGUUGGCCUGUGAAAGCUUUCCUGUGGCUUUUAAAGACCCCUUCUAAAAUCAGCCAUGAUAAGAUAGCUCUGGAUUUUGAAGCUUAGCUUUACCCGAAGCCACGUCUGACUUUUCUGUGUGUCUUUCCUAUUUAACUACAAUUAACUCGAGCUGAACUUUAUCUCAGCCUAGGAAUAGCCGUCUGUGGGAUGGUAGCACGUGAGCUGGAUGGAGGGGAGGAUGUGCCUGUUCACAGGUGGCACCAGCCCAUCUGUGGUGCUGCAGAGCCAACAUCCCUCUGCUGGCAGAAGGACUGGCACAGUCCCUGCCUUUCACCACUGAAACAUCUCAGCAAUGCCAGGAGGCUGGUAUGCCCCAGGAGGUUAAGAAUAGUCUACAAUGGGAAAGAUCCCUCCUGUUGUUGUUCAUCUGCUUGCAGUUGUCUGGACAGAGGAUCCACGAAAGAGUUUGACCUAUUUGGGAAAUGCCAAACCAGCUGAGCCAUUAGGAGCUGUGAAUCUGAUCCAACAUGGAGCACUGGGACUCUCUGGGAUUUUUGGUUGUCACUCUCAAUUAUAAUGUGACAAUUAUAGGAAAGAUCUGGCUAAUGCUGGUAGUUCUGCUGCGAAUGGCAGUGGUGGUGUUAGCAGGCUAUCCACUCUAUCAGGAUGAACAGGAGCGCUUCGUCUGCAACACCCUGCAGCCUGGAUGCUCCAAUGUUUGCUAUGACUUGUUCUCUCCCAUAUCUCACUUCAGGUUCUGGUUCAUACAGACUGUGUCUAUCUUGCUACCUUACACUGCAUUCAGCGUUUAUGUUCUGCACAAGGUAGCAACGUACAUUGUCAGAAAGCACUGUUUGGUGCACGGGUGCAGAGAGAAUAAGGGUUUAUCAAACCCCAAAGACCUGAAGGAACGCUGUAGGAGUGAUCUUGUCAAUAGAUUGGAUUGUGAUGUGGACAACCUAGGUGUCCUCAAUUUUUCUGGGGCAUACGCUGUUCAUCUUUUUUUUAGGACAUUGAUUGAGGCUGCUUUUGCAGCUGCACAGUAUUUCCUCUUUGGAUUUUUUGUUCCCGAGCGCUUUUCCUGCUACCAUUCACCUUGUACAAGCACAGUUGAUUGCUACAUCUCCCGGCCCACCGAGAAAUCCAUCAUGAUGGUUUUCAUUUGGAGUGUCACCAGUCUGUCCUUUCUGCUCAGCCUUGCUGACCUUGUCUAUGCUCUUCGACAAAUGACAGCAAGAAGCCAGAGGAACAAGCAGCUGGCCAACUCCCACAGAGAGAAUGAGGGCCUUUUAAAUAUUCCCCCAGCACAGUCUGGUAGUUUUUCCUCUCCCCAAAAUCGAGACUGCCAAGCACUGAAUGGCAGCCAGACCAGCGACGGCUCCUGCUCACUUCUCUCUGAAGAGGAAGAGGAGGCUGCUCUUCAUCCUGAAGAGGUCUCUCAGCAAGCUGCCAGCACUAACCUUAACAGCAACAGCCAUAAGCCCUGUGUGUCAGGAGAUCUUGCUGUUAAGCAGGAUAGCAUUGAAGAACACCUGUGUGCUGCUGGUGACCAGCAAGGAACUGCAUGCCAGCAAGUGAGACCUGGGCUCCAGCAAAGCUUCGUUAAAGAUACUGCCAUGACUUUGAGGCCUCAGAUCAAGUCUCAUCUUGGAGGUUCUUCCUCUGUAGUUCAGAGCAAGCUUUUAGGAUACUGCCCUUCAGCUGAGCUAAAAAAUCCUGAUGCGCAAUCAAAUUAUAGCAGUACUAGUUGCUUGAGAUUGAAAAAGUCCGAAUGGGUAUAGAGCCCUGAGAGCUCCCUGUGCUUUGGCCAGCAGGACAGAUUACUGUGCUCCUGAGGGGUGUCAGAAAAUCACAAGGGCAGAGACUUGCUGCUUUGCUGUACGUGGCUAACCAAAGAAGGAGAAACAAACCUCCACUGAGCAGGAAGAAAAAGCUCAAAUGAGAAUUUAAAGGAUACUGCAUUAACUGAACUGUUUUUAUGAAAAUGUAACACAUUUACACUUUUCCAGCUAUGACUCUAAAAAGCUGUGGACCGUGACUGACCAGUUGUUCUAAGAGUUCAUUUGUACAGUUGUUUGCUCUCACCUACUGCAACAGAUUGAACUUAGGAAAGGUGUGACUUCCAAGCACACUUGUAUGUUGUCCACUUUCAGAGGGUUAACUGAUCUCUUCACAAUCAUAGAAUCAUAGAAUCACAAGGUUGGAAAUGACCUACAAGAUCAUCCAGUCCAACCGUCCUCUCAUUACCAUUGCCAGCACAAGCACUAAACCACAUCUCACAGCACGUCAUCCAGGCACCUCUUGAACACUGCCAGGGAUGGCAACUCCACCACCUCCCUGGGCAGCCAUUCCAGUGCCUGACCACUCUGAGAGAAAAAGUUUUUUCUCAUGUCCAACCUAAACCUCUUCUGAUACAACUUGCAGCCAUUUCCCCGGGUCCUGUUUGUUGCCUGGGAGAAGAGGCCAAACUCCUCUUCACCCCAACCUCCCUUCAGGAAGUUGUAGAGUGCAAUGAAGUCUCCUCUGAGCCUCCUCUUCUCCAGACUGAACAAUCCCAGCUCCCUCAGCUGCUCCUCAUAAGACUUGUGCUCCAGACCCCUCACCAGUUUCAUUGCCCUUCUGUGGACAUGCUCCAGGGCCUCAAUGUCUUUCCUGUAAUGAGGAGCCCAAAACUGAACACAAUACUUGAGGUGCAGAGAUAUAGUAAUAAGCUCCCUAAGCCCACUCUAAGAAAGGACAAAGCAAGAGUAGGUAACUAAUAAAAAUGAUUGUGUUGUAGCAAAGAGUUAAUAUGCAAAGAAAGCCUGGAUCUUAGAUUUUUCUGUAUUGAAGACCGCACCUGCACUCAUUAGCAGCACCACAGCAGUACCUUCUCUGUUCCUGAGAUCAGCUGGCACAGCCUGUCCAUGUCUCUGUUACUCAGCUUCAUGAACUCCAAAAUGAGAUGGCUACAUGGUUGAUUGCUGAGCUGCAGAGCUGCCCAGGAAGCAAGCAGCAGCAGCUUGACAGUGCGGGGCUGAGCUCCAGUGCCUUUGCCCUGGUAUUACUUACUAUAUGUGAUUGUAGAUCUACUAACAACAUGUCUACAAAGUGUUACACCCUAAUCUGAAAUAGUCACACUGGGCUCCCUAUUUCAGCAGGGAUAAUGAUUCAUCUGAUCUGUCCCAGGCAUCCCUUAGGUUAACGUGAGUCACCUUCUAGAUGUACCUAUUUCUACCAUUAUAUGAUUAUCCCAGACCUGAGCUUAAGGAAAAUGAUUUCUAAUCCCAGAGAAGGAUAUAGCAGCAAGAUCUGUGCAAGUACUCACCCUCUCUAACUGACAGACACUAAUCAUUGGAAAACAUGUCUAAAUGGGGUGAAUCACAGAAUAACUUAUUGCUGUCACGCUUUGUGCUUUCCUUCGAUAUGAAUCCUCUUGCAUUUACAUAAGCGUGGUCCAGCAGUGAAGCACUGCAGUGUGUGAGCUGAAUUUCCUCAAACCUGGUAAGUGAGUGUGGGCUGUAAGCUGCGUACACCUGCAGUGGGGGUGGGUGCAGAGCAGCACGUGCUUGGGGAAUGCACAGAAGAGCCUUUACACAGACUGCUCUGCAGGGUGACACAGGCUGGUGUCAGCAGCCUGGAACUGGAGCAGUUCCCCUCUUAGACUUACGCAAAGAGAAAAGAAGCUGAGAACCAAUUUGGCCCUCACUUUGCCAUAUAACAUUUAUCUAAUGACUUAAAGGCUGGCUCCUCACCAGUAACAAGGGAAAACAGCUUUCACUUUUGUCCUGUUCUCUGCUGUGGAUGCACAUGCCUUUGGGACAGUCUGGUUCACAACUCUGUGUAUCAUUCCUCACACAUACAAGGUAAAGAUCAGCACUUAAUGAUCCCUCGCCUUCUCCAUCCCUUCAGGAACUGGGAAGCUUACUGGAUGGCAGAAUUUACUUUUGUAAAGUACCUUGCCAACCCUGAAGUGUGCUAAAGAAAGCCUUAAUUGCUACUUUCUAAGCAAUGUUUUCCCCUUCGUUAGUUGUGUUUGUUUCUUUUAUCAUGUGUGCUUGCUGUAUGUUUUGUCAUUUCCAGGGCAGAAGUGGCAUUAAUUAUUAAAUUUAUCAUAGGCAGAAAAACAUUAAAUAUUUAAAUUCCUCAUCCUCCAAAGCCUCUGUAAUGGGGUGCGUGCUGAUUACCCACACCAGAACUAAAGACAGCAACAAUGAGACCUUUUGUGAUUCACUGCCUCUCCUCAGCUGUGAGGAGCAAUGGAAGGAACAAAUGUGGAUUCAGGCUGUCGCGUACAUCCCUCGGUGAGAGAUAUAAAUAGGAUGGGAUAAAUAAUAAAUGUACUGUGGCUGGACACAGUUUGCUUAUUUGUGUCCUUAGCUAGACAUCUUUUAGAGCCUCAUUUCCAAUUGAGAAAAUGUUCUUUGUGUCUGGAAUAGAAAGUGAAAUGAGUGAAAAUCUCCCUUGUUCUGUUUGUGGUUUCUGGUCUUGAAACUGCAGCCUGAGUUUGUGCCAUUCAGCUGCAGGGCCUGGUGCAGCCAUCAACUGCUAACAUAAACACCUGUGCACUGACACUGCAGGAUUCGUAUGGUACAUGAGGGAAUAGGUACUUCUGGCAUCAACCACUCACUCCUUAGGGAAUGUCUCUGAGUCUUCUAAUAAUUCUUUGCAAGUUUUGUUUAUUAAAUUAUGAAGGCGUGGUUUUACAAAGCUGGAUGGAUUUACCAGCAAGGGAAGACCAAGGGAAGAUGUGCAGAGACGUUUGUACUGUUCUGAGCUUUCUCAGCUCAAGCAAAUUAGAAGACAUUGCAUCUGCAACUGGAAGGAGGAAAUACUACAGAGCUCUUUGAAAGAAGGAAGACAGGAUCACUCCUCUCCUUCUACUCUCCUUAUUUUCAGUAUCACUGGUUGUUAAAGUACUAUGAUGAUACGCUGAUGUCAUUGAAAGAGAAUAAAGGAGUAAUAAGUGUAGAGCAAGGAAGUAACAAGAUUUUAUUCUACAUAAGCAAAGCUUUAGUGUUCAGACAUUACUUUGUACUCAGAAGAAUAUUGCAAAACCUGCUUGUUAAAGUUUGCUGUGCAUCUUUAUAUCUCUUCUUAACCCAGCUACUCCAGAAGAGGCAUUUCUGCCUGAUCAUACCACUCUCCUACCUUUGCCCUCAGGAGGCUCUGUUGCUCUGGUACUCUAGCAGGAUGUUGCAGACCUGCGCCUUCUGCGUUCUGUAUGCACUAAACCAAGUAUCUCUGGGAGUUUGGACAGUGUCAGCAUGAUUAAGAAACAACAGCAAUGCAUCAGUUCUAUUUCUCAAUAUUAAAUAAGAUAGGUUUUAAAAAGCUGUUUCUGAACAAUUUUUUUCUUUUGCUUUGUUUUACUUUGAAAUAUGUUUCUUAAUACCAAAAUAAAAGCCAAAUCCCAAGAGUCAAGCAGCUAUAAUCACUUUCUUUCUUCACUCUCUAUGUUGGGUCACUUUGGUUUACUCUCAGCAGCACAGUGGAAAGCUAUGACACUAUUCUCUUGUGAAGUACA